AUCGAAGAGGUUAAAGUGAUCUUUCCGUUAUUAGUAAUCGAAACAAAAAAUUUAAUUGGACCUCAAAUCAAAACAAAUAGCAGAUAGCGGGUCAAAACCCAACAAAAGAAAUGGGGCUAAACUAUCCGAAGGAAGAUUGAAACUUGCCUGGGUGUCGAAGAAAAUGAGGUUGAGCUUCAUUCGACCCAUUUCAUGUUGCUCUGUUUCAUCUCCAGCAACCUCAGUGAAACCUCAAAUACCGCUAUUUUUAAGGCCAUCGGCCUUCAAAACAACCAUAUCAGACCUCAAAAAAUGGCACCUUUGGGCUAAAUCCCUAACUUCUUCUGUGGGUUCCACUUUCUUGGAACUGGACAAUGGUCCAGACUCAGAAUUGUUGUUCAGGGAGCUAAAUUGGCUUGUUGAAGAUGUAAUUGAAACACCCAAGUCGUUCUUGCAACAACCCCACAAAAAUUACAAUGAAAAUAGCUCAGUUUCAAUUCGGGCGUCUUUGGAACAACUGUAUAUGUUGUGGAAACAAAGGGUAGAAGAAAGAAGGCCUUUUCAGUAUGUGGUUGGUUGUGAGCAUUGGAGGGAUUUGGUUUUGAGUGUUCAAGAAGGGGUUUUGAUUCCAAGGCCUGAGACUGAGCUGAUUGUGGACCUUGUGGAUGAUGCUAUUAAGGAGAAUGAGGAGUUGAGGGAAGGAUUGUGGGCUGAUUUGGGGACUGGGAGUGGUGCACUUGCUAUUGGGAUUGCAAGGAUUUUGGGUGGUUAUGGUAGAGUUGCUGCUACUGAUUUAAGUCCUGUUGCUGCUGCAGUUGCAUCUUAUAAUGUGCAGAGGUAUGAUUUGGAGGAAAAAGUCCAUGUAAAGCAAGGAUCUUGGUUUGAGCCUUUGAGAGAUGAUGAAGGAGAAUUUGUGGGACUGGUCAGUAAUCCACCAUAUAUUCCAAGCAAAGAUAUUGGUGGACUACAAGCUGAAGUUGGUAGACAUGAACCUAGGCUAGCGUUAGACGGUGGAGCAAGUGGUAUGAAUGACCUUAUCCAUCUCUGCAAUGGGGCUGUUUCAAUGUUGAAACCUGGCGGUUUCUUUGCAUUUGAGACAAAUGGUGAUGAACAGAGCGAAUUCCUAGUCCACUACAUUGAUACUAAGAAGAAAGGUACCUUCUCUAAAGUGAAGAUGGUAUCAGAUUUUGCCGGCAUCCAGAGAUUUAUAACAGGAUUUAGAAGAAGAUGAUCUAUGACAUUAGCCAAAGAAAUUAUACGAGGGAACGCAUGUGGAAGAGCCGGGGGUGGGGAUUCAGAUUCUGUUCUCUUGGGUUUGAACAAUUCAGUUUUGCUCUUUGGACUUUACAGAAUGAUAUAUUAUCUCAGAUUGUCUCUGA